UUAUUUACAAUUAAUUGCACACGCAUGUCAUUUUGCUCUAUCGGUGCACAAUACUUCAAUUUAGUAUUUAUAUAUAAAAUUAAUCAGCUGUUUUCGACUAUCGUGAAUGAAAAGAAAAAAAUACUUUGCACAAUGACAUACGACAACAAAUGGAAUGACGUGAAUUUAUUUUGUGCAUCAUUCAAUAUGUAAAUUAAAGCACAGUGUGACAAAGCAUCCGAGUGACCCAUUUUCAUUAUCAUAUUGCACUUGAAAUUGCAAAAAUUCAAUAGUUCUUUUUGUUUCGUUGAGUGUUUUAAGACAAUUUUACUAUCAUUUAUUUUCAAGCCCUGAGUGAAAGCAGUCGAAAAUUAUCUGCCCAAAUUAAAAAAAAAUACAUUCCAUUGAUUCUUCUUUGUAGAGUGUGAAUAUUAUCAUUAUUUUGUUUCAUUGAUGACGAUUCAUGAACUUGAACGAAGAUCGAUUGAGCACAACAUUUUUUUUUCAGUGUUUUCACUAUAUGUUCAUUGCACACAUACACUCACACGCAACAGCUUUGUCAUCCUUUGUUUUUAUAUGCCAGCCGUAUUUGACGUGUACUGCGUAGUCGUAGAAAUUUUGCGCAAAUUUUCAUUUGAAAUUUCGAUUGCGUGAAAAAUUCGAUAAUUAUUUGUUUCGUUUGUGAAUCUCUUCAACGAUGACAGAACUGAACAUUCUUAACACCAAUUCAACCGAACAACAAGGAUGAAGUGAUAUGUGGCUUUGGAUGAUGUCGUCAGUAUAAAUAUUUAAUAAACGUUGAUAGCUUGUCGGAGACUCAACAAUUUUUCCAAGUCGAUUAGAUUCAAACGCCUCUUCGCAUUGAAAUCAAGUUCAGAAAAAAAAAAACAGUAUUAUAAAAUUGUCGACAAUCUACAAUUUAAUAUAACGCACUUGAAUAAUACACAUUUAACAAGUUAUCACGUUUCUAUAUUCUACUUUCCAACCACAACACAUAUUAACCAUAUAUUUUAAUUUCGAUUCGGUUUUUUUAUAAAGUUGAACAAAAUGAAUCCAGAGCGGCGACCAUUGCUUAUGGAUGCCGAAGUACAGGGGAGGAGUGCGAGACCGAGACCCGAUUUACGUUCAUCACCCGAUUCGGUGUUGGUUGAUGUGAAGAGCGAAGAUGAAGGUUGCUCAGAAGGAUCAUCGUACGGAUCAAAGGAUUCGCUGGAAAAUUAUGAUCCAUCGUUGCAUCGAAAGUUGGACCAUCCAACAUCAAAUAUCGAUACAAUGAUUCAUUUGUUAAAAGGCAAUAUUGGAACAGGUAUUCUCGCGAUGCCGGACGCCUUCAAAAAUGCCGGCCUCUAUAUGGGACUAUUUGGUACACUGUUAAUGGGGUUGAUUUGCACACAUUGCAUGCAUAUGCUGGUUGGAUGUUCACACGAACUGUGUCGUCGACUGCAAAUACCGUCAAUGAAUUUCGCUGAAGUGUGUUAUAAUGCAUUCGAAACAGGUCCAAGCGGACUACGAAGGUUUUCCAAUUUGGCUAGGCAAACGAUAAAUGUAUUUCUGUGCAUAACUCAGCUUGGAUUUUGUUGUGUGUAUUUUGUAUUUGUUGCGGUUAAUCUACAAGAAGUUAUCUCACAUUACUUUAUUCACAUCAAUGUUCGCGUAUAUUUACUGUUGCUGUUAAUACCGAUGAUUAUGUUGAAUUUUUUGAAAAAUUUAAAAUAUUUGACGCCGGUUUCAUUGUUUGCAUCAAUUUUAACUGUCACCGGCAUUUCAAUCACAUUCCAUUACAUGCUCCAAGACCUACCGAACACAGACACGGUGGCUAAGUUCGCUUCGUGGGAACAAUUGCCAUUGUAUUUCGGGACUGCGAUCUAUGCAUUUGAAGGCAUUGGUGUUGUGCUCCCAUUGGAGAAUAAUAUGAAGACACCGCAAGACUUUGGCGGCCUAACAGGCGUUUUGAAUACGGGCAUGGUAAUUGUCGCCUCAUUGUAUACUGCUGUCGGAUUUUUCGGCUACUUGAAAUACGGAGACAAAGUUGCUGCUACCAUCACAUUGAAUUUGGAUCCAAAUGCUGUUUUGGCUCAGUCGGUUCGAUUAAUCAUGGCACUUGCGAUAUUUCUAUCAUAUGGUCUUCAAUUUUAUGUUCCAAUGAAUAUCAUGGGACCAUGGUUGCGACGUUAUUUCAACGGAGAAUAUGCUCAAAAUCUAAGCGACUCAGCCUUGCGGAUCGGUUUGAUUGUUUUCACAUUUGUGCUGGCUGCAAUAUUUGGUUCAAAUCUUGGCCCAAUCAUCAGUUUAGUGGGUGCGUUAAGUUCGUCGACGCUAGCGUUGAUAUUUCCGCCGCUCAUUGAAAUAGUUACCUUUGGUCCCGAUCGGCUUGGUCGCUACUAUUGGGUACUAUGGAAAGAUUUGGCCAUUAUGAUGUUUGGCAUUCUCGGUUUCUUCUUCGGUUCGUAUGCAAGUAUUAUGGCGCUAUUGAAUCCAACACCACAAGCAACAACAUAAAUGUGUGUACGUCGACCAAAAAAUACGCUCAACGGACUACAACGGAAGUUUUUCGACAACGAAUGCAGUGGAAAGUGUUCAAAUUGAAAGAUUAGAAAGGUCAAUGCUAUUCGAACCGAAUGUUUGCAGAAAUAUUUUAUGGGGGCAAUAAUAGUUUCUUAAACCUAAACCAUGACUUUCGCACGGAAUUUUCCAUUGACGCUACAUACAACUUUUGAGUAGCUUCUAUUUCUUUCAAAAAUUUUCCAUUGAUCACAUUCCGUAUGUGUGUGCACUGUGCACGUUAAUGUGUCUUCCGUUUGAUCUCAGAGCAUUACACCAUUCGGUUUUACUUUUGCAUACAAAGCAAUUGUUUAUUUUUAAGUUUAGGUGAUAUAAUAAUAUUGUAUUUUAUUUGCUCAUGAACCACCAGUGGUGCAUUUAUGACAGAGUCUUAUGUAAACUCAUAUUGAAUGUUUAUAUGAUAUUAUUACCAAGACGAUAAUAGAUAAAAAGAAUGACAACCAGGUAUAUACAGCCUCUGUAUAGACUACUUGCGAGUACGAAAGGGGCGUAUUUCCAUGUUUUUUUUUUAUUGUUACCUUCGUUCAUUUGCAAAAAAAUUAUUUCGUGCUGCCCUUUUGACAUUUUUUGGAAUACAUAUUUAUUUCAAUUGUGAUAGAGCUUGGUUUCUUCUAGAUUAAUUUUAUUCUCGAUUUUUUUUUAAUGAGGCAUGCGUUAACGCAAUCAUAUUUUUUUGAUGUAAAUAAUUUUACACAAUCCACGAGUAUUUUCAUUUUAAAAUUGCACACUUUUUGUGAUUCAACGUAUUCAUAGAGAUUUUGUUGAAACUAUUUCAAAUUUCUUUUUCAUUCUUCUUAAUAUAAAUCGAAUAUAAUGAAUAUAUAUCGAAUUG